CACUUCCUUUACAUCUUUCUUCAACCCCAAUCACUCUUCUCAUAUUCAUUCCAAUGUCAAAUCCUCAAACAAACAAUAACCGCCGCCAGCCCAGCCGCCUGCAGCGGCGAGCCCCCUCCUCCCUGCAAAUAAACCGCGCCGUCGAGUGGAACGUCGCCAUCCCCCUCCUCUCGCCGUUGGCAUCAUCUCCGACGCCGAUCGAGCUAAAACCGCCGCAAGAGCCGCCGCAGAGGGAGCCGGAGAAGGUCACCUUGUCGUUCAAGAAGUGGCAGCAUCCUGCGGCUCCCUUCUGUUACGAGCCCGCUCCAAUGGUGCCGCCCUUUGUUCCUGUGUAGAUGAACGAACGAGAGAGUUUUAGGAUGCUAUCUAAUGGUUCAUAUUUAGAGAGAAUGAAGAAGAAGAUAUAACGCUGUAUUUUUAAUUAAUUAAUUAAUAUUGUUCCUUUCUUCUUUUUGUUGGGGAGAGGCUUUGCCUUAUUUUGCACACGGGGGUAUUUAUCAAUACCUGUGAUUGUGAAUAUACACCCCCUCUGUGUUUCUUUCUCUUUUUUUAGCUUUUCCCCCGUUUUUUUUUAUGCCUUUUUAUUAUGGGGCUUAAAUUAAACUACUUCAUUGGAACGUC